AUAUCAAAAUCAUGGGGAAUAAAACUUUGGCAAUUCUUCUCUUCAUCUCCGUCUUCCUUCCUCUUUGCUUUUCACUUCCAUUGCUCCAAGUUUCUCCAUUUGCAUUUCUCAAUGACCUCCAAGGAUGCAAGAAAGGUGAUAAUGUCAAAGGCAUAUCCAAGCUUAAGAACUUUUUUCGUUAUUACGGUUAUUUAAACCAUCAAAUCAAUGCCACUGGUCAUUUGAUUGAUACUGACGCCGACGACACCUUUGACGAUCGUCUCGAAUUUGCCAUCAAAACCUACCAACAAUACUUCCAUCUAAAUCCCACUGGAUCCCUGAAUGCCGAGACGAUAUCCCAACUUGCAACACCUCGGUGUGGUAAUCCAGAUAUCAUUAAUGAAAGCACCGGUCGGAUGCUAUCGGAACAUAACAACAACGAUAGUAGUCAUGAUCACCACCACCUUCCCCAUGCCGUAUCACACUAUGCUUUCUUCCCGGGAAGGCGUAGGUGGCCAUCUACCAAAUAUCGUCUAACAUAUGCGUUUCUUCCCGGCACUCGUGCAGAUGCAAAAGCACCAGUGACACGAGCAUUUGCAACAUGGGCUCGAAACACACAUUUCAAGUUUUCUUUGAUCACAAACUAUAGAAGAGCUGAUUUGAAGAUAGGGUUUUAUAGAGGGAACCAUGGAGAUGGGUACCCAUUUGAUGGGCCAGGGGGGACUUUGGCACAUGCUUUUGCUCCAACUGAUGGGAGAUUUCAUUAUGAUUCAACAGAGAAAUGGGCCGUUGGAGCAGUGAAAGGGAGAUAUGAUUUGCAAACAGUGGCUUUGCAUGAGAUUGGACAUCUUCUUGGACUUGGGCAUAGCACAGUUAGAAAUGCUAUAAUGUAUCCUUACAUAAGAUCUGGGUCUACUAAGGGUUUGAAUGCUGAUGACAUUAAAGGGAUCAAGGUUUUAUACAACAGACGUUAGCCUAAUUCAGAAGCCUUUUCAACAAGAGUUUUACGGUGUGUUGCAUGUUUAAAUAAUAAGAAUACUACUCGGGUGCAAACUAGUCUGUAUCUACGAAAUAGAGAAAGUCUACUAUGUAAUGACAACUUGUUAUUAGAUGAUAAGGUGAACGGUAAGAUUGAUAGAUGCAACCUGGAAUGCAUGUAGUAUAUUUCUUUUUUAUGAUACAGUAUAUGUGUACGUGCAGAAGUUUCCUUUUAAGUCCUCCAAAUUUCUAUCUCAUAUAUAUAUAUAUAAAUGUAUUCAUUUAAUUUUACCUACUUGUGUGAUUA